ACUCAUUGAUAUUAAAACAUUGAAAUUAUCAGCUCUUGGGACAUAUUCUGAUACGAUAUCAAAUUAUUAAUAAUUAGAAUGAAAAUAGAGUAUUCAGUACUGUGUUGUUAGUGAUUUCAAAAUAAAACAUCAUUCCUCUUUUGAGGAAUUAUAAAAAUUGGUAGUAACUCACAUGGUGCAAUAUAAUUUUGUUGUGUUAAGUGUUAAUUACAAGAGCUAAACUAUGUUCAACUUAUUUAGUGAAGUAGAAACUAGGGACAAGAAAUUCUAACUUUUAAAAGAAAAUAACUGGAUGAUGCCAAGAGGUCCAGUAAUGCAAAAAACUCACUGCGGUAAAAUCUGUCUCCUUUUUUCGGGAAUACUCGUGGUCUGUUUCGGCAGCUGUAUCCUCAUAUUUUUCGAAUCGAUAUACGAUUCCAUACUCAACUACGGAUUGCAAUUCAAUCCAUCUUCUCAAGCUUACCAAGGAUGGUAUAAGAGCCCUCCGAUUCCCACAUAUUUUUAUUUAUUUAAUUGGACGAAUCCCGAAAAGAUAAAUGAUGUUUCGGUUAAGCCGGAAUUCGAGGAAAAUGGACCUUAUAGGUUCUACGAAAUAAGAGGAAAGAGUAAUGUCAGUUGGUUUGAUCACUAUGUGAAAUAUAAGUCUUAUACUAGCACGUUCUUCGAUGAAACGAAGAAGAGUGGAAAUUUAAGCGAUGUGAUCAAUUCUGUUAAUACUGUAGCUUUGGCUGUAGGUUAUCAGGCUAGAUUUCAAAAUUUUUGGACUAAGAAAAUGAUGUCUCUUGGACUAUCAUCGAAAAGUGUGAAAUUAUAUGUAACAAAACCGGUCCGUGAACUGCUUUUCGAUGGAUACGAAGAUCCCGUUUUAGGUUUGCUUUCGAAACUACCAUUUUUUGGUGCACCUGAUAAAGGUGGAUUUUUUUACGGGAGAAAUGGUACUAUUGGUUUAGACGGUACAUACAACAUGCAUUUCAAAAAUGACGAUCGAUUCGGGGAGGUUUUAUUAUGGAAUAACAAAAAUCAAACAGAUUUUUUUAACGGUGAAUGUAACAGUAUAAAAGGAUCUUCUGGGGAGUUUUUUCCUCUAAAUAGAAAAAAAGACAGAAUAAUGAUUUUUUCUUCGGAAAUGUGUAAAUCUUUGGUAUUAUAUUAUACAGAAGAAGUUAUGAUAAAAGGAGUACUCGGAUAUAAAUAUUCGGCUGAAUAUGGUUUUGAUAAUGGGACUGUUUAUCCCGAAAAUUACUGUUACUGCAACGGCGAAUGCAUUCCUACAGGAGUAUUUAACGUAUCGAGUUGUCGAAUGAAUUCACCGACGUUUUUAUCCUUUCCACAUUUUUUUAACGCGGAUCCCGUUUAUAGGGAUUCGGUAAAAGGAAUGAAACCCAACAGGACUCUCCAUGAAUUUUACAUGAUUCUUGAACCGAAAUCUGGUAUUGUUAUGGAAGUACAAGGAGGUAUACAGUUAAAUAUGUUACUUCAACCGGUUUCCAGUAUAAGAUUGUACAAUAAAGUACCUAGAAUUUUUCUGCCAAUAUUCUACAUAGUCCAUAAGGUAGAACUUAGUGACGAAAUAGCAGCGGGAUUAAGACUGAUACAGAACUUACCAACUUAUAGCUACUACAUGUCUUAUACACUCAUAAGCACGGGACUUAUCUGCAUUUUUGGUGUUAUAGUUUUAUUGUUCUGUCGAUACAAGGCAUCCAAUUUAACAAAAAUGAAAAUAAAUCGCGAAAUAAUUCCAGUGAAAAAGAUUAUUAUUUAUGAACAAGUGCCUUUAAAAGAAAAAUCUGAUAUUACUUGGACGUGAUAAUUUUAUUGUUAUAUUUUAAUAAAGUUUUUUUAUAUAAA